AUGGCGUCCAGCGCCUCGGGGUUCGGCUUAGGGGCAAAUGCGACGCAGGGUGUCAGUGUGAAGGAUGGGCCGGAAUUACGAGAGAUCCAGACAAACGAGUUGGGGUUCGCUGCGCUCAAUGGCGAGGCAAAAGUUCGACUUCUCCCUACCCCCUGGCCUUCAGAUGCCUUGCCUCCUCCCUCCUCUUCCCUUCUCGCCAUCGCAUCAGCCAAAGGGCUCCUAGCAGCUGCCGGUCCGGACGCUCUUUACAUCACCUCUACAGCCAAAAUCAGAGACUCCUUCCGCUCGUCAGCACCAUCAGCUGACGAAACCGUUCGACCCUUCACACCUGAGAUCAAGAUUGCAGUGCCUCGGAUAACUCACCUUGCCUUCUCCGCUGACGAAAGUGUCUUGGUCGUGGCUGCGGAAACAGGAGGAGAGAUUCUGGCAUUUCCGGUUGACAAGAUCCAGCAGGGCCAGCUGGAGCCCGCUGUACGAAUAUCCACGAACGGGCAGAGUCUGCGAGCAUUAGUACCGAAUCCAGCGCCUGAGUCUGCCGAGUUUUUUGCCAUUAUCACUGGAAACGGGGAUCUGAUGAUCCUGGAUUUAAAGGCAGGGAGCAUGGUCUCUGGGAUCAAUGGUACCGUUCUUAAGAGUGGAGCAAGCUGUCUAUCAUGGAGCAACAAAGGCAAACAACUCGUUGCUGGCAUGGCGGAUGGGACUGCCAUUCAGAUGAAGCCAGAUGGCACCGUUGUUGCGCAGAUCCCAAAGUCGACUUCUGUUGCAAGUGAAGUACAUGUUUCCGGGAUUUCCUGGCUCGAGAACGAUAUAUUCUUCAUCAUCUACACGCCAAAUGAUACUGGUAAUGGUAUUCUGCCUUCCGAAUAUUACGUCGUCAACCGGGAACCGAAACCAACAGUUUACAUCUUUCAGAGGCUACCCGAAGUUCUGCCACCAUUCGGGGUCGAACGACUACCAUCCUCGCAUUUCAUAUCAAGACUUAGAAAAUUUCCUCCACACGUGCAGGAUUUGUUGGUUGUCACGGCCACAACAUCCACGGAUGUCGGUCUCAUCUCGAAGACGCAAACGCCGUUGUCGAGGGAGGAUCCGGUGACUUCGACGUUCACGUUCACCACAAUCGAGGACGACACUCGACGGGCCCAGCUUCCCCUUUCGUCGGAAAUGCAAGACACCUCUCCCAUUGGUAUGUCGCUAGAUUUAUCAAGUACUGAGAAGGUCCCAAAUCCAAUUCCGGCGGAUGCGGAGCUACUGGAGACUGCAGGGCCUGUCCCUGGCCUUGUGAUAUUGAACAGCGAAGGUGUCCUGGUAGCCUGGUGGAUUAUCUACAAUGACUCUAUUCGCGAAAAGACGACAUAUCCCGGCCUAAGAUCCGUGCAAGCCGCAACAGAACUUCCAACACUACCCUCUGAGUCUCAGUCACCGUCUCCUGCACCUUCUACCAGCGCGUUCGGUCAAACCAGCAGUGUCAGUCCUUUUGCGAAGCCUACAAUGUCUGGUUUUGGAGCCCCUAGUAACAAACCCUUUGGAACUUCUUCCACUACUGCUGACAAGCCAUCUUGGGCUACUGCUGGCUUCGGUUCUACUAUGAGCACGUCGGCAGAGGGCUCAGCUUUCGGAAAGCCGGCUUUUGGCUCGUCAACUCCUAUCAGUAGCCGAGCGACCACAGCUUUCGGCUCGACCAGCGCUCUCGGAAGUCGACCUACACCUUUCGGACAGCCCUCCACGAUUGGCUCACAGCCCGCUUUUGGACAACCGUCUCCGUUUGGGACCGCCUCAACUUCCAGCCCUUUCGCAACUGCAGCGGGUGGCUCAAGCAACUCUGGCUUUGCCUCCUUUUCCAAGGAAGGUGGAUUUUCCUCGUUUGCAGGAAGCAAGGCAGGCCAAUCCACUCAGAGCCCCUUCGCCGCAGCCUCUGGGACGAGCAUUUUUGGACAGCCAUCUGGCAGCACUUUUGGCAAGGACAAGGCUAGUGCCUCCCCGUUUGCGUCAGCCAAACCCACCGGUGGACAAAGCAUUUUUGGCAGCAAUGAUUCAUUCAAACUACCAUCAUCAUUUCAGAGCGAUGGCAGUGCGAAAGAAGACUUAACCGCACCCAACGAACCCGGUGGUUUUGGUUUCGGUGGCUCUUUAGAUGACAUGUUGGGCGAACCGCAGAAAACCCUCUCGCCGACCCAUGACAAGGAAGCCGAAAUGGACGAGAGCCAGGUCGGUGAAGCCGAUUCCGAUAAAGCUCAGAAUGCUCCCCCCUUCCAAGGGAUUGCAUCACAGAAUGCGCCCAAAAUUCCGCAGACCCUCGUAACUCCUCCUUCGACGUGGACUCAAUCCAAAGCUACUCCUGCCCCACCUGUUUCGAACUUAUUUGGUCAAUCGUCCACAACUCCACAGCCUCAAACAACUACACCUGGGUGGUCGUUCGGUGGUGUGGCCUCUACCACUCCUAAGGAGACCCCUGAUCCUUCGCACAUGGCCCUAUUUGGUACCAAAACAGCCAAAGAUGAGACUCCCGCAGCGGUGCACAAGAGUGAACCAGCUAGCACUUUUGGAACCCUUCCCGAAACAUCGAAGAUCAAGGAAGAGCCUCCCAGUGACACCGAGUCUGUUGAUCUGAACAAUAUUCCAGAGGCGCCUCUUCCCCCCGAUCCGGUCAGCAAACCACGAUACUCGUCUGCGGAUACCCCAGCCUCACCUACUGUAUCGAGGAGCCCUCUAGACGACGCACCCCUACCCCCAGACUUCCUUCCUACGCCCAAAGCAAGUCAUGACGAAGAGCCGCUUCAACAGCUCCCCAGUGAAGAUGAGGUUGAGCCGGAAGAGGACGAGGAGGAUGAAUUCAGUUCAGAUGUUGACGACAGCGGCGAAGAAGUCACAGGAGACAUAACCGAAGGGGGAGACGCCACGGAAGAUCAGCAUGAAGAUCUGCAAACUUCUCCCGAAAGCUCAUUCAAGAGUGGCGACAGAAGUACGGAAACGAGCCCGACAGGCGGCCUCUUCACGAAAAUAUCCUCAACGGCUAUCUCACAAAAGCCAUCCCGACCAUUGUUCGGUGAAGUUGGCACAGGACCUGUCUUUGCUCCUCCGAAGCCACACGAAAGCCCGCGAUCACCAAGUCCAGUAAGAAAUGUCCCUGCAGAACGCCUCCGACUAGAUGCAUCUAGAUCCGUCAGUGCGCCAGCGAAUCCUCGGUCCAUCGUCGAUCAACGAAAAGCGGAGUAUCAAACGUCUUCGCUAGCUGCCCAGGCAGCUAGGACAAGAGAAGAAGAAGCCUUGAAAGAGAAAGCUCGACGAGAAGCGGUCGCUCGGCAGAAGGCUGAGGCAGAAGCCAAGCAGCUCGAGCCACUCGAGGAUGACGAAGACGAGCUUCUCCGCCAGGAACUCGAGCGGCCUGUCUCACCCACCCAGUCGCUAGACGACUUCAUCACCUAUCAGCCCAGGCCGGCAGAAGAGACCAAGAAGACUGGAAUACCUGCCCAGAUUGAAAGACUCUACGCGGACAUCAAUUCCAUGGUCUACACACUAGGGAUCAAUUGCCGCUCCCUGUCGGCAUUUAUGCGGUAUCAACAACCUGAAGCGACCAAUCAAUCAUGGCCAUCGGUGCUCAGAUCGGAGACACCAAUGGAUGCCCUCAACGAUGAGUGGUUUUUAAGCGACAUUGCGAGAUUGCAUGAAGGUCAAUCUGUUCUCUCCGAAUUGCUCGCCGAGAGCAACGUUGAAGACUUUGGCGAGAAGGUCCAACAAUGCCAGACUCUUCUUGGCUGUGAUCUAUUCGAGCUGAGGACAAAACUUACGUCCAUCCGGAAAACAGUUAACGCCCUAGCUGCAAAAGACGGUAUCAUCACAGCUCCGCUUUCCGCCGAACAGUCAUCGAUCCAGCAUGACCUCCGCAAGACUUAUAACUUGGUUCAGACCAAGCUUAUAGAGAUCGAAGACGCCAUUUCGGUUCUACGGGCCAAAAUAGUCCAGUCCACGCCUGCGACUACGUCUGGUCGACGGUCCAGCAUUCUUGGUAGAACAUCCUCGCAGAAGAAGCCUACUGUGGAAGCGGUAACAAAGACAGUGGCAAAGAUGAUGUCAAUGGCCGAGCAAAAGAGUGCAGAUAUCGAUGUUCUGGAGGCGAAACUGAAGCGGAUGGAUCUUUCCUUGGCGUCGUCGACACUUAGCAAUGGCAACCCGUCGAAUGAACAGUCAGCCAUUGUGACCCCGCAUCGAUUGAGAAACUCAUUAAAUGGUGCAACCCCUGGAAGUACUCGAAGUAUCUACCACACCCCCGACUCCAAAUUCAGCAGCAGUACGAGGUCGAAAACAAGCUUCAGAGCUAGCCAAAGUGGCGGCCUGGGACUCUUGUCGACCGAGGACAAGGAACGGUGGCGAGCACAGGCACGUCGUCGCAAGGAAGCUGCAAGUGUAUUGAGGGACGUUUUGGAGGACAAACGCAAGGGUGCAGCAACCAAGAAAUGA